AUGUUAACAAUACUUCAUUUUCAUUGUCAAAUCUCUUAGGUCUAACAUAUAUUUACACUAUAUGAUGAAUCUAUUGAAAUUAAAGGUCCAUAAUUUCUCAUGGAGUUAGAUAUAAAUUAUAAAAUGAAAAUAAGAUGGGAAAUAUCUGAGAAAAGAAUAUUGUCUUUAUAAAUUAAGGAUUUACUCAUUUAGGCUAAUUAAGAUGAUCUUAUAUAGUUGAAAUAACACCUUGAUGGAAGAGUAAUAUAUUUAGGAAUAUAAAAUAUUUAUGAAACUAUGGAAUUAAUUUCAGCUAAAGAAAACAGUAAAGUAGUUCUUUAUACUAUUAAGGUAUGUUAACUUGAAGAUAGAUUCACAAAAGUUUGUGUUUGUUGUAAAGCAUUACGUAAAGAUGCUUAUGAAAUAGAACAAUUACAUUAAUCAAUAAUGAUUUUAUAUAAGUUAUAACAAUAUUCAUAUUUUCCAAGAAUUUAUGAAAUAUAUGAAUCAAAAACUCACUUAUAUAUUGUUUAAGAAUUAAUGUAUUAACAUAUAAGUGUAGAUUUAAUGCAUGAAGAAAUUUAAAUAAUUAUUUAUGUAUUAAUUAUUGAUUUAAACAAAGGAAUUAUUAAAGAUUGUUAAAAUAUUGAUAGAGAAUAAAAUUUAUUACUCAAAGAUUAAGUUAUCAAAAUUAAUGUUGGACAAGAAAGGUAACUUAAGAUUGAUUGGAUUUUGUCCUGCUCAACAAACUAAUGAAAUAGAUAUUGAAAAUUAUUUAGAUAAAAUUGGAAAUAUUAUGAUGAAUUUGUAUGAGUAACUUAACAAAUAAUUAGGUAUGGUGUCAAUGAUAGUUUUAAUUCACUUCCUAAAAUUGCUGAUAAUGGAAAUGAAUUUAUUGUAGGAUUAAUGAAUCCUAAUCGUGAUUAUAGAUUUAGUUAUGAAGAUGCCAUGUAGCAUGAAUAUAUUAAAAAUAUCUUUAGUGAACCAAAUUUAAUAUAACAUGUAUGAUUAAUUCUUUUAUAAAGAAAUCACCAAACCCAAAGUUAAUUACAGAUGUUACAGAAUCUUUAACCUUUUAUUCUAAGAAGGGGUCUUGUUUUUAAAAAUAAUAUUGA